UUUGCUGUAGGGAAUAUAUGCAGCUCCAGUCCAUGUUUAAGAGGGACCUGCUUUGGAAAUGGGACAGAAUAUCAUUGCUUUUGUCCUUCUGGAUUCACUGGGAAAACUUGUGAAACUACUCUUGAUGCAUGUAGUACUAAUCCCUGUCUGAGGGGUAUAUGCCUCCAUCAUCACGCAGACUAUUAUUGUGUUUGUCCCUCGGGGUACUCUGGUAAAAACUGUGAUUCAAUAAUAAAUGCAUGUAAAUCUAAUCCGUGUGUGAGAGGCGUUUGCUACCACCAUCAGACACAGUUCCAUUGUGUCUGUCCUCCAGGGUACUAUGGAAAAAGUUGUGAAACAGAUAACAACGAAUGUUUCUCACAGCCAUGUUUAAACGGGGGAAUAUGUCUUGAUCAGAUAGGGAAGUUCGCAUGCAAGUGUUUAUCGGGAUUUACCGGAGACCGUUGUCAGACAGACAUCGAUGAAUGUUCAUCAAACCCUUGCCUCAAUGGUGGGGUAUGUAAAGACGGAAUAAACCGAUAUGUCUGUCAGUGUCGAACAGGGUUUGGUGGUGACAGGUGUCAAAAUGUGACUGACCCAUGUAGAUAUAACCCUUGCAUUCGGGGCACGUGCUUUGCUCAUUUGUUUAAAUUCAUCUGCGAGUGUCCUUCGGGAUAUACCGGAAAACUCUGUGAAGAUACUAUGCAAUUGACGCUUUACGGUCCAAAAGAGGUGUUUAUUACGUUACCGGCUGGUAAUCAGAUGAACUUAAACUGUAGUGUCUCCAUGAGGUAUUCUUCUUUAAGGUGGAGGAAAAUACGGGGCUGCGGUGGACCCUACAGCGGAUAUAGUAACUCGGUUUAUUGAAAGUCAAGUACAAAUAUUGGAGAUGCUGGAACAUACGUUUGCGAUGCUUCAUACAGUCGAGACCAGUCAGUUCUGAAAGUGUUCCAUGUAGAUAUAACAUGGCAAACGGAGACAUGUAAUUUUGACGAUAGAUCAUUAUGUGGAUGGAGCACUCAACCGAAUAAUCAUUAUAGUUCAAGUUUAUCCUGGAGCCAACAGCAUGGCAAGUCACAAACCAGUGGCAAAGAACAAUACAACGACCAUACUCUCGGAACAAUGAGCGGUUGGUAUAUGCAGGUAGAUGCAACUUCGCAAAGAGAUUACACUAGAACUGCUCUUCUCACGUCACAUGAUUUUCCUGCUAAUCGUACGAUUUGCUUUGAAUUUUGGUACUGGAUAUCUGGAGACGGAAAUGGAAUGUUAUCAAUGAUU